AUGGAGUCGAAACCUGGGGAUCUCGCGGGACUGGCAGAGUCCUCGACAAAAGCCUUGGUUGGCGAAUCAAGUACAGUUUCUGAAACACAGGCUGCGGAUGCUACUGCAGCGUGGGAGGACGUUCCAGAUCCGGACGAGGAUGAUUUAGAUGAUCUAGAUGAUAUGCUGGAUGAGUUCAACGCUGCGAAGCCAGAAUCGAAAGCACCAGCACCAACCUCCACAGCACCAACCACUGGUCCUGAGAAAUCACCCGUCGCGGACGAUCCUCUUGACGGCGGUGAAGGACUCACUGACGAUGAUUUCGCAAAGCAGUUACAAGCCGGCAUGGCCGAACUAAUGGGAGAACUCGAGACAUCACCAGAAAUGCAGGCACAGUUUGAAAGUAUGCUGAAGGAGAUGGGUGGAUUGGGGGAAAAUGGACCAGCACCUCCACCGCCAUCUGCGCCAAGACCCGGGCCUUCGAAGACCAAAGCCGCCCCAGGUUCAGCUGGCGAGGAAACAUUCCAGGAAACUAUUAAGAAAACGAUGGAAAGAAUGCAAGCUUCUGGGGAUCAAGCAACAGCUGCUGCAGCAGAGGACAACUCGGACGAUUUACUGGCGGAGAUGAUGAAGGCUAUGGGAGCUGGUGGUAUGGACGGAGAGGGCAGUGAGGAGGAUUUCUCGAAAAUGCUAUUGGGUAUGAUGGAGCAACUAACUAAUAAGGAGAUAUUAUACGAACCGAUGAAGGAAUUGGAUGACAAAUUCCCCGCGUGGUUGGAGAAGAACUCUGCCAGUACUCCCGCAGAUGAUCUAAAGCGAUACAAGGAACAGCAAGUUUUUGUCAGGGAAAUUGUCGCUAGAUUCGAGCAAAAGACUUACAAGGAUGAGAAUGCUUCGGAUCGAGAGUAUAUUGUAGAAAGGAUGCAAAAGAUGCAAGCAGCAGGCUCACCACCAGCAGAUCUGGUUGGAGAUAUGGCUGCAGCGCAAGAAGCUUUUGGGGCUCCAGAAGAAGGCUGCCCAACACAAUAA